AUGCCGAGCAGCUCGGACACGGCGCUGGGGGGAGGCGGGGGGCUGAGCUGGGCCGAGAAGAAGUUGGAGGAACGCCGCAAGCGGAGGCGAUUCCUGUCCCCUCAGCAGCCGCCGCUGCUGCUGCCGCUCCUUCAGCCGCAGCUCCUGCAACCGCCGCCGCCCCCGCCGCCUCUGCUCUUCCUGGCUACUCCCGGCACGGCCGCAGCCGCAGCCGCCGCCGCCGCCGCCUCCUCCUCUUGCUUCAGCCCGGGCCCCCCUCUGGAGGUCAAGCGGCUGGCCAGAGGCAAGAGGCGCGCAGGAGGGCGGCAGAAGCGGCGCCGCGGGCCCCGCGCCGGGCAGGAGGCGGAGAAGCGCCGGGUCUUCUCGCUGCCCCAGCCGCAGCAGGACGGCGGUGGCGGUGCGAGUAGCGGCGGGGGUGUAACCCCGCUGGUGGAGUACGAGGAUGUGAGCUCCCAGUCCGAGCAGGGGCUGCUGCUGGGGGGCGCCAGCGCGGCGGCGCGCGCCGACGCCGCCAAGAGCGGCGGCAGCAGCAGCAGCAGCAGCGGGCGCCGCAAGAGCGCCUCGGCCACGUCCAGCAGCAGCAGCGGCCGCAAGGACCGGGACCCGAAGGGCCACCGAGGCCGGACUAAGUCGUCCAAGGAGCCGCCUUCGGCCUACAAGGAGCCGCCCAAGGCCUACCGGGAGGACAAGGCCGAGCCCAAGGCCUACAGGCGGCGGCAGCGCUCGCCGAGCCCGCUGGGCGGCCGCGACGACAGCCCGGUGUCGCACCGGGCCUCGCAGGGUCUGCGCGGCCGCAAGUCGCCCAGCCCGGCGGGAGGUGGCGGGAGCCCCUACUCCCGGCGCGCGGCGCGCUCCCCGAGCCCCUACGGCCGCCGCCGCUCGCCCAGCUACAGCCGCCACAGCUCGUACGAGCGGGGUGGCGACGUGUCCCCCAGCCCCUACAGCAGCAGCAGCUGGCGCCGCUCGCGGAGUCCCUACAGCCCGGUCGUCAGACGAUCUGCCAAAUCCCGAAGCAGAAGCCCAUAUUCAUCUAGGCAUUCAAGGUCUCGUAGCAGGCACAGGCUAUCUAGAUCCAGAAGUCGUCAUUCUAGCAUUUCUCCUAGCACACUAACUCUGAAGAGUAGCCUGGCAGCUGAGUUGAACAAGAAUAAAAAAGCACGAGCUGCAGAGGCUGCAAGAGCUGCAGAAGCAGCAAAAGCCGCAGAAGCAGCUAAGGCUGCUGAGACUGCUGCUAAAGCUGCAAAACCUUCCAAUAAUUCUACACCUACCAAGGGGAACACAGAUGCUGGAGUCACUGCAUCACAGACAAACCACGUGAAAGAUGUGAAGAAACUUAAAACUGAGUGUGCGCCUUCUCCCUCAAGUGGUGGAACUUUAAAAAAUGACAAGGCAAAAACAAAGCCACUUAUUCAGGUAACAAAAGUGGAUAAUAAUUUGAUUGUAGAUAAAUCUACAAAGAAAGCAGUUGUGGUUGGGAAAGAGAGCAAAUCUGCUGCCACAAAGGACGAGUCAGUACCUCUGAAAGAGAAAACCAAACCACUUACACUAAACGUAGGAGGCAAGGAGAAGGAACAACAUGUGACUAUAGUGACUUCUACAUUACCACCGUUACCUUUGCCUCCCAUGCUGCCUGAAGAUAAAGAUGCUGAAAGCCUACGAGGAAAUAUUUCAGUAAAAGCAGUUAAAAAAGAGGUGGAAAAGAAACUACGAUGUCUACUUGCUGAUUUACCACUUCCCCCUGACUUACCAGGAGGAGAUGAUCUAGCAAAAAGUCCAGAGGAGAAGAAAGCAACAACACAGUUACACAGCAAAAGGAGGCCUAAAAUAUGUGGGCCUCGCUUUGGCGAAAUCAAAGAAAAAGACAUUGACUGGGGAAAACGCUGUGUGGAUAAAUUUGAUAUCAUUGGAAUUAUUGGAGAAGGUACCUAUGGACAAGUUUACAAGGCCAGGGAUAAAGACACUGGAGAAAUGGUAGCCUUAAAAAAGGUACGUCUAGAUAAUGAAAAGGAAGGCUUUCCAAUUACAGCAAUUCGAGAAAUUAAAAUUCUUCGGCAGCUCACCCACCAGAGUAUUAUUAAUAUGAAGGAAAUAGUAACAGAUAAAGAAGAUGCUUUGGAUUUUAAGAAGGACAAAGGUGCAUUUUAUCUGGUGUUUGAAUACAUGGACCAUGAUCUGAUGGGACUACUGGAAUCAGGCUUAGUUCAUUUUAAUGAAAAUCACAUAAAGUCAUUUAUGAGACAGCUCAUGGAAGGUCUGGAUUAUUGUCAUAAGAAGAACUUUUUGCAUAGAGAUAUUAAGUGUUCAAAUAUUCUUCUAAACAAUAGAGGGCAGAUAAAACUUGCAGAUUUUGGACUGGCUCGAUUAUAUAGCUCAGAAGAAAGUCGACCAUAUACGAAUAAGGUCAUCACUUUAUGGUACCGUCCACCUGAACUGCUACUGGGAGAAGAACGCUAUACACCAGCUAUUGAUGUAUGGAGUUGUGGGUGCAUUCUUGGCGAACUUUUCACUAAAAAACCUAUAUUUCAAGCAAAUCAAGAACUUGCACAACUAGAAUUAAUAAGCCGUAUUUGUGGGAGUCCAUGUCCUGCAGUGUGGCCUGAUGUAAUUAAACUACCAUAUUUCAACACCAUGAAACCAAAGAAACAGUAUCGUCGAAAGUUAAGAGAAGAGUUUGUUUUUAUUCCUGCAGCUGCACUAGAUUUAUUUGAUUACAUGCUCGCCUUGGAUCCUAGUAAGCGAUGCACCGCUGAACAAGCUCUUCAGUGUGAUUUUCUGCGAGAUGUGGAACCUUCCAAAAUGCCCCCACCAGAUCUUCCUUUAUGGCAAGAUUGCCAUGAAUUAUGGAGUAAGAAGCGAAGAAGACAGAAGCAGAUGGGCAUGACUGAUGAUGUAUCCACAAUUAAAGCUCCCAGAAAGGACUUAUCUCUGGGGCUGGAUGACAGUAGAGCCAGCACACCACAAGGUGUGCCAUCAUCUUCACAGCUGAAAUCUCAGGGCAACUCAAGUUUAGCACCUGUAAAAACAGGCCCUGGACAGCAGUUAAACCACAAUGAAUUGGCAAUUCUACUAAACCUGCUACAGUCUAAUACAAGUGAUAAUGUGGCUGAUUCUGUCCAAGUAUUGAAAAGUAAGGUAAACUCUGAGACUCAACAGCAACUAAAUAAAAUAAACCUUCCUGCUGGAAUUUUGGCAACAGGUGAAAAACAGACAGAUCCAUCAACACCACAGCAGGAAUCUAUGAAACCUCUGGGAGGAAUUCCACAGCCUUCUCAGACUGUCCAGCCUAAAGUGGAGACUGAUGCUGCCCAGGCAGCUGUGCAGAGUGCAUUUGCAGUUUUGUUGACUCAGUUAAUAAAGGCUCAGCAGUCAAAGCAGAAAGACAUGCUACUGGAAGAACGGGAAAAUGGAUCAGGACAUGACACAACAUUACAACUCAGACCUCCUCCAGAGCCCAGCACUCCAGUAUCAGGGCAAGAUGAUCUCAUCCAGCACCAAGAUGUGAGGAUAUUGGAACUAACACCGGAGCCAGAGCGGCCUCGGAUUCUGCCUCCUGAUCAGCGACCUCCUGAACCCCCUGAACCACCUCCAGUCACUGAUGAAGACCUGGAUUAUCGGACAGAGAACCAGCAUGUACCCACCACUAGUUCUUCCUUAACUGAUCCUCAUGCUGGAGUGAAAGCAGCCCUGUUACAGCUCCUUGCUCAGCAUCAUCCCCAGGAUGAGCCCAAGAGAGAAGGUGGUAUUGAUUAUCAACCAGGAGACACUUAUGUACCUUCUGCAGAUUACAAAGACAAUUUUGGAUCUAAUUCUUUCUCUUCUACUCCUUAUGUUAGUAAUGAUGGCCUAGGAGGUACUUCUGCUCCAUCAUUGGAACGACGUAGCUUCAUUGGAAACUCAGAUAUUCAAUCUCUGGAUAACUACAGUACUGCUUCAUCUCGUUCUGCUGGUCCGCCUCAACCUUCUGCCUUUUCAGAGUCAUUUCCCAGCACAGUACCUGGCUAUGGGGAUAUUUACCUCAAUACUGGCCCCAUGUUGUUUAGUGGAGAUAAGGACCAUAGAUUUGAAUACAGCCAUGGUCCUAUUGCAGUUCUGGCAAACAGCAAUGACCCUUCCACAGGGCCAGAGAGUACUCAUCCUUUGCCAGCAAAGAUGCAUAACUAUAACUAUGGUGGUACCUUACAAGAAAACCCAGGCGCCUCUGGCCUCAUGCAUGGACAGAAUUGGACUUCUCCUGCCCAAGGACCUGGAUAUUCGCAAGGAUACAGGGGACACAUCAGCACAUCAGCUGGCAGAGGUCGAGGCAGAGGGUUACCCUACUGA